AUGCCGCUGGCACCGCGUACUGAAGCGCUCGCGGCGUCCGAGCCGAGGAGCGCGGCAUCCGAGCCUCAACGGGCAGCGGUCGCGACGGAGGCGGAGGGCUUGCGUUUGCACCUCUCGAGCAACAGCAACGCCACCGGCUACAAGGGCGUGUUCAAGGAGCCCUCCGGCCGCUUCCGUGCGAUUCACAGCGUGGCUAACCUCGGCCUCUUUGACACGGCGGUGGAGGCGGCGGUGGCGUACGCGCGGUCGGUCGGCGAGUAUCAGCCCUCGAUAGUGGCCGCGGAGGCGGAGGGCUUGCGCUUGCACUUGUCCAGCGCCGCCGGCACCGGCUACAAGGGCGUGGUCAAGCUCCCCUCUGGCCGCUUCGUGGCGAAGCGCGCGGUGGACGGCAGGCACGUCUACAUCGGCACCUUCGACACGGCGGUGGAGGCGGCGGUGGCGUACGCGCGGGCGGUCGAAGAGGCGGCGGCGGCGGCGGCGACAGCGGCGGCGGCGGCGACGGCGGCGGCCGCGGCGGCGGGCGCUGAGCCGGCGGGAGCCGAGCCGACGGGAGCUGAGCAGCAAACUCGCUCCUCCGACCGCGGCGCGCGCCCGGUCGUGCGCUUCGAGGCGCCCGAUCCGUGCGAGCUCGCACGGUGGCGUCGUGAGGCGAGCAGCGGGCCUCCGGCGGCCGAGGGCGAGCGGAUCUUCCCUGCCGGCGCAAAUGCACCCACGACAGCUUCCGAGACGGUGCGGCAUCGCUCAGCCUCCGUCGCUGCCUCGUCGCAUGCGCCGCAGGCGGAGGAGGAGGCUCCGGAGGCGGAGGGCUUGCGCUUGCACUUGUCCAGCAACAACGGCACCGGCUACAAGGGCGUGAUCAAGAAUCCCUCUAACCGCUUGCCGUACCAUGCGCGACUGUCGGGCAAACCAAGCCUCGGGAGCUUCGGCACGGCGGUGGAGGCGGCGGUGGCGUACGCGCGGGCGGUCGAAGAGGCGGCGGCGGCGGCGACAGCGGCGGCGGCGGCGACAGCAGGGGCGGUGGCGGCGGGCGCUGAGCCGGCGGGAGCCGAGCCGGCGGGAGCUGAGCAGCGAGCUCGCUCCUCCAACCGCGGCGCGCGCCCGGUCGUGCGCUUCGAGGCCGGCCCGGCGCCCGAUCCGUGCGAGAUCGACCUCUCCUGGCUGGAGCUGCUGCCGCCUCUCCGCCUCAAGCCGCUCUGCGAUCAGAAGGGCCUGAGUGUGGGGUGGGACAGCUCGGAGGCGCUGGCGAAGCGGCUGCGCGCCAGCGGUGGCCUGAGCCUGGCGCAGCUCAAGGAGCUGUGCGAUGCUCCAGAGGUCGGAGUCGCGUCAUACCAAGGCGCAAGGCAGAGGUCGCAGAUCGCGCAGCGCAUCGGCGCCAAGCUGGCGGCGGCGGCGGCGGCGACGACGACGACGACGGAGGAGGAGGAGGAGGAGAAGGAGGAGAGCAGUGAUGAGGGGGCGGCGGCGGCGACAGCGGCAGUGGCAGCGGAGGGGGCGGAGGCGGGCUCCGGCACGCGGGAGGUGGACCGGGUUCUUCCGUCGUCGUCGUCGGCAGCUCACCCGGCCCGGCCAGGCGGCGACGGCCGGCGCGAGAGGAGACCGUCGACGUUCUUCGAAGCUAAGCUUGGCGGCGGAGACGCGCGGGUGCAGCACCGCGGACAAGCCGUCGACCUGACGGCGCCCGCGGCGGCGGCGGCGGCGGCUCCAAAGCCGCAAAAGGAGGAGGUGUGCAAGGCGUGGCUCGAGGGAAAGUGCCACAAGGGCAAGUCUUGCCGCUGGCGCCACGGCGAGAAGAGGCCGCCGCCGGCGAAGGUGCAGGUCGCCUCCGUGGCGGCCGCCCAACCUCAGGCCGCCCAGCCUCAGGCCGCCCAGCCUCAGGGAGCUCAGGCGGCAGCUCACCCGGCCGACCCCGCCCGGCGAGGCCAGCGGAGCCUGGCGCAGGCGGGGAUCGAGGAGGCGGCGGGGUCGGCCGCUGCCGCCGGGACAAGUCAGGGGCCCGGCGGCGACAGGGAGGCGGCGCAGCGGGUAGUGCUCGAGCCGGUGCCGAUCAAAAAGGGCGGGCGUGGCGGGCGGCGUCCUGGGGCGGGCAGGAAGCGAAAGGCCGUGGCUGCGUUGCUGGCGGCCAGUUCCUCGCUUGGUGGUGACGGCGGCGGCGGCGGCCGAGCACACGCCGGGCGGCACGGGGGCGAGAUCAGCGCGGCUGACACUCGCGGCGCGGCGGUGCAGGAGGGGGGCGACGGCCGGCGCGAGAGGAGACCGUCGACGUUCUUCGAAGCUAAGCUUGGCGGCGGAGACGCGCGGGCGCAGCACCGCGGACAAAGCCGCGGUGUCGGGGCGGGCGGAGGCACCGACCCCGCCCGGCGAGGCCAGCGGAGCCUGGCGCAGGCGGGGAUCGAGGAGGCGGCGGGGUCGGCCGCUGGCUCGGGCCUCACCAAGAUGGAGAUGGCGGCCGCGGGCCUCAAGAUAAGUCCGGGCGCAUGCUGCUCCGCUGCAGCCCCGCCGCCGCAGCUAGGCAAGCGGCCGGGCGUGGGCGCACCGGUCGCUGCAGCGGUCUCUUGCGGCGGCUGGGAGGGCCUCGUCGACGGCUGGUACACGCAGACAGAGGUGCGACAAGCCGGCCGUUGCGACACCUACUUCUUCUCGCCCGCCGGGAAGCGCUUCCGCUCGCGCGUCGAGGUGGCAAGGCACUUCGGACUCGACCAAGGCGGAGCUCGGGCGCCGCCCGUCUUCGCCCCCGCCUCCACCUCCGCCUCCGCCUCCGCCUCCGCCUCCGCCUCCGCCCGCCAGCCUGGGCCGGUCGCAGGGCUGGGCGGCGACGUGUUUCGGGUCGAGGCGCUGCUCGCGCGGCGGCACGUCGGCGGAGAGGCCCAGUACUUGGUGCGCUGGGAGGACUACCCGCCCGAGCACGACAGCUGGGAGUGCGAGGACAACAUCUUCGACGAGAGCCUGAUCCGCGCCUUCAAUGCCGGCGCCGCGUCCUCGUCCAGCGGCGGCGCCUCCGAGUCGGCAGCAGGCCCUCGGGCCGGCGUUUCUUUUUCUUCCUCCCGGCUGCCGGCCUACCUCUCCGCGCCUUCCCCUGGGCGGCCCCACGCGGCGGGCGGGCGGGCGCCGAGUUUGCAGGGCGCUUUGACCGCGGCGGAGCUGCCGCGGUUUGUGCAGCUUGCCUCGGCGGAGGGGGCGCCGCGGCGGUGGGGCGGCGGUGUGCCACCCCCCACUUGCCUUUGCGGUGCGCUGGCCGUGUUGCGCAAGCGGCGCUGGUGGUGUGCCGACGAGGACGGCGGCUGCAGCUUCGAGCUGUGGGCGUGCGGUCGCACCGACGACGGCACCGCGGGCAUGCAGCCGCUGUGCGAGUGUGGCAGGCCGGCGGUGUGGAUGGGCAGGAGGUGGUGGUGCGCGCGCGCCGAUGGCGGGUGCGACUUCGAGUGGUCUCCUCCGUCGCCACCCGCGCCUCCAACGCUGGUGCCGCCCGAGGCGAUCGAACGGCAGAUGGCGCGUGACACCGCGGCGCUGCUCACGGCUGCCGCGCACGGCCCGCUCAACGCGUGGUCCUUCGUCGCACCAAGCGAUUUCGGGCUCGGGCUCUGGGCGCGGGCGCCUCUCCGGCGGGGGCAGGCGCUCGGCUUGUACUCCGGGCCGCGGCUGCCGUGCAGCUUGCAGCGGCGCGGCACGUGCGCGCUUCAGAUCCCGGGCGCCGACGCCGCCACUGCCUGCGCUUCGCGGAAGUCGCUUACGUGCGAGGCCGUGGUUGACGGUUUGGCGCGGCUGCAGAGCGCGGCGCGCGCAUCGCAGGGCGGCGAGGACGUCGAUGCGGCGUCGGCCGUCCUUGCUUGCUCAGUGGCGGACGAGACAGCGGCACCGCUCCCUUGGGGUGGCGAGCGAGGGGGCGACGUGCGCUUGCGGCUGCUGGUGCCGAGUCUAGCAAAGAAGCUGGCCGGGCUGCGAGCGCGCGUCGCGUCCUGCCAAUGGGGCAUCGUGGCGUCGCACUUGCCUGGACGCACCGGCGCCGAGUGCCGCGGGCGGUGGGCCGAGCUGCAUGCGGAGGCGGAGGCGGAGAUGGAGGAGAUGGAGGCGGAGGAGAUGGAGGCGGAGGAGAUGGAGGAGGCGGAGGCGGUCGAGGUGGAGGCGUUCGAGGUGAGUGAUGAGGAGGGGGCGCAGGUGGAGUCGGGAGCGGAGGCGAUGGAGGUGGAUGCUGCGGUGGUGGUCGCUGAGGGCGAGGAGGAGCAGGAGGAAGACGGCGUGCUAGAGGCCGCGGUGGAGGUGGAGGCGAGGUAUGCAUGGCUGUGA